CUCGCUCUACUUUCAGCUCACCGAUCCCCAGCUUCGCCGACGAGCGGGGCACCACCAGCACCGUGAUUGGAUCAAAGGGAACUUCUCAAAUCGCUAUACGUCUUCGUAGGACUCUUCGACGAUGCUGCAUUUACGGAGGAUUUCGCCUAUUGGUUGCCGGAAUCCUAUUGUUUGGGACGGGAUUAGGGCUUUCUCGUCGACCGAACAGUCUUCCAUUAAGAAGUCUGUCACUUCGGUCUUGGAUUAUCUUUCUCUGAAACCAGGAGGAACUUUGGUACACAAUUGUGGAGAUAGUGAUGUGGGAAAAGUUGUGAUACAAUUGGCCAAGGAACGGAAACUUCAAACUAUUAGUAUAAUUGAGGACAAACCAGGCAACCCUGAAACAAUUGAAGAGCUUAAGGCACUUGGAGGGGAUAUAGUUGUUCCUGAAAGCUACACAAAGACAUGGUAUAUGAAAAGGUUGGUGAAUGAACUUACUCCUACAGCUGGUAUAAAUUUAGGUGAAGGCUACCAGGCUACGGCGGUCGGCAAGGCGGUGGUUGACGGCGGAACCUUUGUUUCAUUUGGCAAGAAACUCCCCUCUCAUGUUGUUUAUGAUGGCGCCGAUCGUAAAUCUAUUGGAUGGGAUGAGUUUGCUAAGGCCAAGAAGCUCAAAGUUGUUAACAUGUAAUGUCUAUCCAAUUCUCUUCAGCUUUCUUCCCAAACCCAGUGCUUUGAUCCUUUAUCCCUACUUCAGCUGCUGCUAAGUUUCAUCUCACACUGCUAAUAAGGGUAAAAAAAAAACUUAGGAGAAUCAGGCAAAGUUUCUGAACUGACUUCCAUAUUGUAAGUCACUUCAGGAAAAGAAGUUUAUACUUGAAGGGAUUGUGCAAACCAUGUCUUAUUCGCAUUUAUGUUUUUCAUUUGUGUUUAUUCAAACUUCAGGCUGUCCAUUUAUGCUCUGUAUGUGUGCCAACGGUCCUUUUUCA